GAGGCGCGUAACCAGCAAGUAGUGGCGCCCUUUGAGCACCAGCCAAUUCCACGACACAACCACCCAUUCUCAGCCCAGGGAGUCCACACAUCGCAGGUUAUAAGGAUUGUGAACUGGACCGGGAAUAGCUACUUCGUCAAAGCACACUCGAUGGUUCGCCACGAGGCCUCCUUGGCGGCCCCGGCCGAGGACGUCGACAUGAGUGACCACGAGCAGUCCACGAGUGAUGAGGCUGAAGACGAGUGGCAGUGGAUCACAGCUGCGGCGCCAACGCCGUCGCGGCCGGAGUCAGCGCGCAAGCGAAAGCGGGACGAUGAUGGCAAGAGAAUCGUUGGUGCUAGUCGUGGCGACGCAGAGUAUCACAUCGGCGACUGUGUUCUGCUGAGAGCCGAGGGACAGGCAGACUCUUGGGUGGCCAUCAUCUCCGACUUUGUCGAGAGAGAUGAAGACGGAGACCAGGCUGCUAACUUCUUGUGGUUCGCCAACGAGAAGGAAAUUCGGAACAAGAACAGGAAACGGACAGACUUCUUACCGAACGAAGUAUACAUCACCCCGGACCAUGAUAUAAACUCCCUCUCGUCCAUACAGGGCAAGGCAAUCAUAAUGUCCCAACAGGAGUUCACAAAGGCAUACCCUACCGGCAAGGUCCCGAAGACAUCACCUGGUUAUGGCAGGACAUUUGUGUGCCGCCGAGGAUGCAAUCUCAGGACGACAACGUAUACCAAUGAGCUGCUCUGGGAAGAAAUCUACAGCGGGCGGGAGGAGGACAUUGUUCAGCUAUUAGAGAUCAUCGAAAAAGGCACCCAAUCAACAAGGAAGCGGCGCAAGACGGCAGAGGCAAAGUCGGAGGCAUACGAGGCUCCUCCGCCGGGCGGCGUGGAGGAUGACGACGAGAUUAUAGCCACUGGGCGAGCACCAACCACACCGAGAAAGAGGCAAAAGACGUCUACUGUUGUCACCCCUUCUCAACGCAAAAUCAUUGUCAAGAAAGCUCUCGAGUUUACUCCUCUUGCCACACGCACCCUAUCCCCCAGCCACCACCAAGCAUCUCCCUUCCAGAUCGCCAGGGCGCAGCUGCACGUGGCAUCUGUGCCCACAAGCUUACCUUGUCGCGAAUCGGAAUUCUCGGUGGUGUAUUCACACCUUGAGGCCGCCAUUACAGAUGGCUCGGGAGCAUGCAUCUACAUAUCCGGUACGCCCGGCACCGGCAAAACCGCCACAGUCCGAGAAGUGGUGUCACGGCUAGACGAGGCUGUACAGGCCGAGGAGCUCGACGACUUUAUUUUCGUCGAGAUCAACGGCAUGAAAAUCACAGAUCCACAUCAAUCAUACUCGCUGCUCUGGGAGGCAUUGCGUGGUCAGCGUGUCAGUCCCAGCCAGGCUUUGGAUCUGCUUGAGCGGGAGUUCAACCACCCAAGCCCGCGAAGAGUGCCUUGUGUCGUGCUCAUGGACGAGCUGGACCAGCUCGUGACGAAGAAUCAGAGCGUCAUGUACAACUUCUUCAACUGGCCAGGUCUUCGCCACUCGCGUCUCAUUGUGCUCGCAGUGGCCAACACAAUGGACUUGCCUGAGAGAACACUUAGCAACAAGAUCAGCAGUCGUCUCGGCCUGACGCGAAUAACAUUUCCGGGCUACAACCACGAGCAGCUGAUGAAGAUUAUCCAGUCCCGGCUCGAGGGUGUCCCAGGCAACAUAGUCGAGUCCGAUGCGGUCCAGUUCGCGAGCCGUAAAGUUGCGGCUGUGAGCGGAGAUGCACGACGAGCCCUCGAUAUCUGCCGACGGGCAGUGGAGCUCGCAGAGGCGGAGAACAAAGACAGCACUUCUUCGACGUCUGGUCCAUCCACACCAAGCAAAAGAGCGAAGGCAGCAGCAGAAGCGGCGGAUGCCGCGGCAGCUCCCAAAGCCAAAGUACCGAGCUCGUCCAAAGGUCGUGUCACCAUCGCCACCGUCAAACGCGCGAUCAACGAGGCGACGUCGAGCCCGCUCCAGCAAUAUCUCCGCGCCUUGCCUUUUGCCUCGAAGCUCGUACUUGCAGCUCUGCUGGUGCGCAACGAGAGGAGUGGUCUGCCAGACAGCACCUUUGGCGACGUGAUCGAGGAGAUGAAUCGUGCGCUCGUAAUCGACGCGGGCUCGCGGCGAGUCGGCCUACUCAAGAGCCGCAAGCUUGGACAUUCCACCAGCAAUGCUACUAGUUCUACCAGCACGAUCGCGGCCGUGCGAAAGCAGGACUUCAAAUCAGUCCGGCUUGCAGGGAUUGGCAGUGCCGCUGUCGAUCUCACAGGUGCGGGUAUCAUUUUCCUUGAAGCGCAGCGCGCGGAGCGGCCCAGCAAGAUCCGGCUUGCGGUGGGGGACGAGGAGGUGAAAUUGGCAUUCCGGGAUGAUCCAGAGAUCAAGGCGCUCGGUAUCGCCUUCUAGGGACGCAGAUUUACACAAGAUGGGGGAAUCGACCGCCAUGAGAAUAGUGACCACUAUCCAGGCCAUGUUCCAGUCGCAGCUUGAGUGCUAUGGCGUCUCCUGUUUCUCGUCAGUCAUAGGGUGCUACUUUGUCCAUGGAGACCAAUAAUUAAUCAUGCACAUAAGCCCUGUCCGUGGGA